AUGAACUUCCUGGAACUAUUUGAGGUCUACAUGAAUCACGUGACGAUCGAGCGUUUUGGACUUCUGUUGAUGCAACUCUCUCUUUCCAUGGCUCUGCCUAAACCUACCCGGGCUACUGGAAGUCCCCAGCAGAGAGAAACCUUUAGUUCAGUCCUCCGUGUUUUUUUUACAGUCUAUGGUCGUGCACGAACCGAUUCAAUGGCGCUACGUUCAGCUCGUGAUUCUCAGAUAUUUAUAAUCGGAUGCGGCAUCUCGGGAAUUGGUGCCGCUCAGAAAUUACAUAAACACGGUUUUCAUAAUGUACACAUCAUAGAAGCAACUGCGAGAAGCGGGGGGAGAAUACGAACGGGCAGACUGGGUGAUAACAUUAUAGAGAUUGGUGCCAACUGGAUCCAUGGCCCAUCGACGGAAAACCCAGUGUUUUGUUUGGCAUGUGACUACCAGCUCCUUGACAAAGAGUCAAUGUCUGAAGAAAACCAGGCCAUUGAUGUUGGUGGUCAUCCGCUGUUUGUUCCCAACUGGUUUACCAGUUCAGGUCGGAAACUGGGGCUUGAGACGAUGGGGCCAGUGGUGGAGUUUUUCAUGAAAUUACUGGAAAGGAGUCAGCAGUUCCAUGACAGUGGUGGAGAACCUCUGCUGAGUGUUGGGGAGUUUGUCAAGGCUGAGGUUGAACGACUGGCCCCAGAGGAGUGGAAAGAGGACCAGGCUAACAUUGCAGUAAAAAUGGCCAUGAUAAACACACUGCUCAAGCUGGAGUGCUGCGUCAGUGGAACCCACACGAUGGAUGAUGUAGGCCUGGGAGCCUUCGGCAUGUAUAAAACUCUCCCAGGAUUAGAUUGCACUUUCCCAGGAGGUUAUGAAGGUUUAAUCGAUCACAUGAUGAAGGAACUUCCCAAGGACAUAGUCUUGUACAACAAGCCAGUGAAGUGCAUUCACUGGAACUACACUAAGAAUGGACCAUCAGGAACAUCAUUUCCUGUUACGAUUGAAUGUGUGAAUGGAGAGACAUUUGCAGCAGACCAUGUUAUUGUCACUGUCCCACUGGGGUACCUUAAGAAGCACCAGAGCACUUUUCUGAGCCCUCCUCUUCCACUGAAUAAAGUGCACUCUAUCCAGAGAAUGGGCUUUGGGACCAACAACAAGAUCUUUCUUGAGUUCGAGCAGCCUUUCUGGGAUGAAGACUGUGAAUUGAUUUACCUCGUCUGGGAGGACGAGACACAUCUUGCUGAUGUUGUUUCUGAUGUAAAGAACUCCUGGAUCAGAAAGUUAGUUGGGUUCACUGUGCUGAAGCCCACAGAGAGAUAUGGGCAUGUGCUCUGUGGAUGGAUCGCAGGACGGGAGUCUGAGUACAUGGAAACUCUGUCUGAACAUGAAGUUCUGCACAGUGCCUCACAGCUCCUGCGCAUAUUUACUGGAAAUCCAACUAUUACACCAAGGAAGCUUUUAAGAUCUCAGUGGUUCCAUGAACCCUAUUCCUGUGGAUCUUACACCUAUGUGGCCAAAGGUUGCUCAGGAUAUGACAUAGAUAAUCUUGCUGAACCCUUGCCGCUGAAAGGAUCAAAUUCUAAGUCUUUGCAGGUGUUAUUUGCAGGAGAAGCCACACACAGGUCUUUCUUCUCUACAGUUCAUGGAGCGUUGCUGAGCGGCUGGAGAGAAGCAGAGCGUCUUACAUCUCACUACACUCCUGCCUCUGGGUCAUUCUCAUCUAAACUAUGAAAACUGUCCUCCUGUUCUGAAGAGUGAGAAGGAUCGACAGUCAUUUUCAUGAGUCUGAAGGAUUUUGUGCCUUAGAAAGGGAAUAGAAAGAAAAUUUGAAUGUAACUGCUGAAUUAUUUAAAGAAUCAUGGAUAUACUGCAUGACACUUGUUCAAUAUGCCAUCCAAGUUUGAUAAUUGAUUCAGCAGAUGAUUUUGGGUAUGUCAAAAUUAACAAAAAAAUCUUACUGAGAGCCAGUACUUUGCACAAAUGCUAAUUGUUUUUGUGAUGUGAAAAUAAGUUUUUAUAUUAAACAUAGUUUCUCACAAUACUUUACUCAUAAUAUACUUAAUUAUUUUUUCUAAUUAAAUUCUUCAUAGAAAUUGGGCUAUGAUUAUCCCCUUUAUCCAUCCAUUCACU